CACCACGCAAAUAUCCCCUUCUGGCCUUCUCGCUUCUUUAGUUCUUAUCCCUCCUUUCUCUUUCUCUCUCUAACUUGUGCCCAUUUCUUCUCCUUUCUCGCUCUAGCGAUCAGAUUUUCUCUCUCUUUCUCUUGGUUUUAUGGACAAAGGAUGGGGUAUCGCCCUGGAUUCUGACUCUCUGGGUUUCUUCCUCAACAAGCCUCCGCCUUCCAAGUUCGAUCACGCCGCCAAGAGAAGCAUCAUGUUUGCCGGUAUGGAGUUUCCGGCGUCUAAGCUGGCCUGCCGGGAUGAGCAGGCCGCGCACCAGCCGUCUGAUGAGAAUCGGACGGCCGUCGGCGUUGUGGACUUCUUUUCUGAUAAGAAGAGGCUGGUCAACGAUGAUGAUGAUGAUGAUGAUUGUGAUGAUCAUUCCAAGACGAUUAGUACUUCCGUUAUUGUUAAGAAGGAGAAUUCUCAGGGCGAUGCCACUACUCGGCCCUCUUUGGAUGUAAAUACUGGUUUGCACCUUCUUACUGCAAACACUGGAAGUGAUCAAUCAACGGUGGAUGAUGGGGUUUCAUCCGAUCAUGUGGAAGAAAAACGAGCUAAGACUGUGAUGGCGCAGUUGCAAGUGGAGCUUCAACGUAUGAACGCUGAAAAUCAGAAGUUGAGAGACAUGCUUAGCCAAGUGAGUCACAAUUAUAGUGCUCUUCAGAUGCACCUAAUGGCAGUAAUGCAACAGCAACAGAUGACCAAUAACCGACCCGAAAGUACCCAAGAGCAAGAGAAUGUUGAUCAAGUCGGAAAAGUAGCUGAACAAGAGAGGAAACAAGAGAGGCAGUUUUUGGAUUUGGGACCAAGUGCUGAUAAUCAGACAGAGAUUGAUAGGGUCUCAAACGACUCGUCGUCGGAAGAAAGAACCCGUUCUGCGACACCCCAGAACAACGUUAACGAAUUGUCACACAGAAAGAAAGACAUAGUUGCAUAUAACAAUAAUGAUCAAGACGAGGGCUCUAACCUCCGAGAUGGCAAAAGGGUUGGCAGAGAAGAAAGCCCGGAAUCCGAGUCCCAAGGUUGGGGUCCCAACAAGGUCCCCAAGUUGAACAACGGCUCAAAGCCAAUUGAGCAAUCCGCUGAUGCCACCAUGAGAAAAGCCCGCGUCUCGGUCCGAGCCCGAUCAGAAGCGCCCAUGAUAACUGAUGGAUGCCAAUGGCGAAAGUACGGGCAAAAGAUGGCUAAAGGAAACCCAUGUCCUCGUGCGUAUUAUCGGUGCACAAUGGCCGUUGGUUGUCCAGUUCGCAAACAAGUCCAACGUUGUGCUGAAGACCGAACCAUAUUGAUCACAACAUAUGAGGGAAACCACAACCACCCGCUGCCUCCAGCGGCGAUGGCGAUGGCAUCGACGACCGCAGCGGCGGCAAACAUGUUGUUGUCCGGCUCGAUGUCCAGCGGCGACGGGCUGAUGAACCCGAAUUUGCUAGCCAGGGCCAUACUUCCGAACUCAUCAAGCGUGGCCACGAUUUCGGCUUCGGCUCCAUUCCCGACCGUGACAUUGGACCUCACUAACAACCCCAACCCGCUUCAGUUCCAGCGGCCACAGACCCCAUUCCAAGUCCCUUUCGCCGGAGGGCAGGCCCAGAACUUUGGGGCAGUAGUACCACCUCCUAGUAGUGGUGCCCAAGCUCAUUCAAUAUUGCCUCAAGUAUUUGGACAUGCUCUUUAUAAUCAGUCCAAGUUUUCUGGCCUUCAAUUAUCAACUGGACAAGACAUGGGCUCUAAUUCCCAAUUAGGCCACCAAGUGGCAGCCGUACAAUUGCACCAAACUCAGCAAGCCAAUUUGGCUGAUUCCGUUAGCGCCGCGACGGCUGCGAUCACCGCCGACCCGAACUUCACGGCGGCACUUGCGGCGGCUAUCUCCUCCAUCAUCGGCGGAGCUCAUCCGAAUAACGCCGCCUCCGCCGCCAACACCAAUAACUAUUCAAACAACAGCAGCAAAAUUGGAGGCUUCCCGGGGAAUUAGCUUAGAGAAAUGGGAUUUACUGUUAUCUGUUAAUUAAUUUGUUCUUACUGUCAAUUAAUUGUUCUUUUGUUUUUUUUUUUUUUUUAAAGUUUGGUUCUUUUUGGGGUGGAGAGUGAUAUACAUACGCAGGAUAACAUGUCCAUAGUUUUUGUUGUUGUGGGGAGAGGAAAAGGGCUAGAUGACGAGUCAACAGCAUUCUUUUCUUUUCUUAUUGUUUCAUUUUGAAUAUUUUUGUUCAAAAUUUUCAGUACAUACACAGAAAGAGAGAAGAAAGAUCAGAUAUGUUAGUUUUACGUAAUUUACUCUUCCAAUAUUGGCUUGUUUUGUGUA